AUGGGUCGCUCAAAGAGGGUCGAUGGUUCCAACCUAUCUUCGGAAACCUUGGACAGUUUGCGCAGCAGCAUUAAAGGCAAAGUGGUAGUAAAGGGACAAUCACCCGAAGAAGAAUACCGACCCCUUCUCGAGCGAUGGAAUCGAAUGCAUAUCAAGGAGGCUAAUAUCAUCGUCCUUCCGGAAUCCGAAGAAGACGUAUCUGCCACUGUCAAAUUUGUCGCAGAGCAUAACCUCGAUGUUGCAAUUGCUUCGGGAAGACAUACUUACUCCGGCCCGAGUUCGGGUUAUGGGUUGAUCAUUGACAUGAGGAAUCUACGCAAAGUUAGUGUCGAUGCGGAGAAAAUGGUCGCCGUCGCACAAGGAGGCUCGCUCGCUGGUGAUAUUGAAUCAGCAGCUGAGGCUGUGGGACUUCGUCCUGUUAUGGGUGCGGUAAAUGCCACCGGAUGUGGUGGUAUUACUACUGGAGGCGGUAUUGGGAAUUUGUCUGCCCAAUAUGGACUCGUGGCUGAUAACCUACUCGCUGCUCGUGUCGCAUUGGCCGACGGAAGUAUUGUGAUUGCGUCCGAAGAAGAGAAUCAAGAUCUCUUCUGGGGCAUUCGAGGUGGCGGCAGUAAUUUUGGCUUAGUCACCGAAUUUACAUACAAACUUCACAAAGCUGAUCCCCAGGUUUACUCCGGAUUCUUCAUGUUCCCUCCAGACAAAGUCGAUGCUUACUUAGAGCUCAUGAAUGUCAUGCACCAGGAUUAUGUCAUGAAAUCCAAUGGCAAAUUCGCAUGCAAUGGGUUCACGGCAAUAAUGGGAGGCAACCCUAUCCCUGGUUUCCUCGUCUGGUACGACGGUCCUGAAGAAGAGGGCAAGAAGUAUAUCCAGCCUCUUCUCGACUUAGGUCCUAUCUACCCAGGGAGCGGGGCUGAAAUGAAGUGCCACACCGAAACCACAGAUUGGAAGCAGUUCGAGAAGAUGUUCCCACCUCAAUUUAACAGACUCGUCGGGACAUCUACUCAAAUUAGCUACCCACUCUCCGUUGAUAUUCUCAAAAGGACGGUCCAAAAGUUUAAGGAGGUAGUCGCUACACGCCCAGAGAACCUUUCCGUCUCGAAACUACUUUUUGAUCUCCGGGAUUACUCAAAGGUUGCAUCUGUUCCCCUUGAUGCUACCGCGUAUGCAAAUAGACGAGAAGGGUGCUUAAUCGGAGUUGAUUUCAUUUGGGAUAAAGAGGAACUCGACAAGGAGAUGAUGCAGGUCACCAAGGAUUUUAUUGCAGAGGUUCGCGAUUGGAUCAAACAGGAUAACGAACAGAAGGGAAUAGCUGAUGUUGGGGCUCAUGUCGCUGCGACUACCUUAUACGCUCUCGUGAGCGAUGGAGAUGAGAAGUUGGUGUCGGUGUUCGGCCCAAACCUUGGGAGAAUGAAGGAAUUGAAGAAAAAAUAUGAUCCGGGCAUGAUGUGGGACAAAUGGUAUCCUGUGGACCCCGAAGUUUAA